GCGCCAUGUCCGACCCUCGUUUUGCUCGCCUCAAGACAGACCCUCGCUUUCGGCGCAUCAAAAAGGAAAAGAACAGGGUCGUAGUAGACGAUCGGUUCAAGGACUUCUUUGACGGGAAAAAGGAGAAGAAAAGCAAAAAGGGGAAACCGCGUGUCGACAAGUAUGGCCGCCCCCUCGCGGAUGAUCACGAACACGACAACCUCCGCAGAUUCUACCGUCUCGACGAUGAGGACGAAGCUCAGCUAGAGCUCAAGCCCGGUCCAGACUACGCUCGCGGAGAGGUCCUCCUCGAGUCUUCCGACGAGGAAGACGACCGCCUGCCAGACGCACAAAGCGAUGAUGACAGCGACACCGGUGGCAUCAUCACCUUGGGAAGGGAUGUGACCCAACCCAUACCUGUGUCCGAUGACGCUGAAGUCGACCUCGACGAGGACACAUAUGCGGACUUGGAUGCCCAGGCUGCGGCCUAUGCCCAAGCCAACCAGGACGGCGAUCAGGAGUCGCAGGUCCAGCGCACCCGGCGGAUUGCGGUCGUCAAUCUUGACUGGGAUCACGUACGUGCUAUACAUCUCUACAAGAUUUUUUCGUCCCUCGUCUCUCCUACGGGCGCACCCGUUGCCUCGGGGUCCAGAGACAAUGGCGCAUCCAAGAGCACUUCUGGUUCUGUGGCGCUUGGAAAGGUUCUCAGCGUCCGGGUCUACCCCAGCGAGUUUGGCAAGGAGCGCAUGGCCAGGGAAGAGACAGAAGGACCUCCCCCAGAGAUCUUCAAGAAAAAGCGCGAAUUGGCACCUGAGGAGAUCAACGAGCGCACCGUUUAUGACGUCGGCGAGGGCGAGGACUACGACGAGGACGCGCUUCGGAAGUAUCAGCUCGAGCGACUACGAUACUACUACGCUAUCGUCGAAUGUGAUACUGUCGAAGCCGCUUCACAUAUCUUCAAUGAGCUGGAGGGAACAGAGCUCGAACGCUCCGCCAACGUCUUCGAUCUCAGCUUCGUUCCCGACAACAUGACCUUUGACGAUGAGUUCCGUGAUGAGGCGAAGGAUGACCUUAGCGUCCCAUACAAGCCACUCGAGUUCACCACAGACGCCCUCCGGCAUUCCAAAGUCAAGUUGACUUGGGAUGAAGACGAACCCGAGCGGGCGCUGGUCACCAAGCGCGUCCUCUCGCGCAAGGAGAUCGAGGAGAACGACUUCCGCGCCUACAUCGCCUCUUCGUCCGAAUCCGAGUCUGACGAUGCCCCCGCCGCGUCAACGGGCAAGGGCAAGAAGGCAGCCAAGGCCGCCGAGCGCGAGAAGCUGCGCGCUUUGCUCCUUGGGGGCGGCGACGACACGAUGCCAGAGGGCUGGGGUACCGGCAAGGGCGGCAAAGAUGAGGACGACGUCGAUAUGGAGAUCACGUUCACGCCUGGGCUGAGCGCGGGCAAGGACGACAAGGACGAGACGACGCUCGAGAAGUACCAGCGGAAGAUGAAGGAGAAGAAAAAGAAGCGGAAGGAGGAGAUUCUCGAACGGCGACAGGAGAAGGCCGAGGAGAAGAAAGGGAGCAAGUCUAGCAAGAACCCCCUCGAUGACGACUUCUUCAGCGGUGGCAGUGACGAGGAGAGUGCCGAGGAGCUUGCGGAGGCGGCGACGACAAGCAAGAAGGGAAGAGGAAAGGACAAGAAGGGCAAGGGCAAGAGUAAGGGAGCUGACGACGAAGACCGGCCUGCGCGCGUCGAGUCCACUGCGGAGGAGCUUGCGUUGUUAGCCGCGUCGGACAAGCCGCAUGGGGAAGUCAAGCACUUCGAUAUGAAGGCCGUCUUGCGUGCGGAGAAGAGGGGCGGCAAGAAGAAGGGAAAGAAAAGCAAGAAGGGUGCGGACGAUGGGGAGAAUGAACUUCAGGAAGACUUCUCGAUCGACGUCAAGGAUGACCGGUUUAAGGCUGUUAUCGAGGAUCACACGUUCGCCAUCGAUCCCACCAAUCCUCAUUUCAAGAAGACCAAAAGCAUGGCUGCUCUUCUGGAGGAGCGUUCUCGCCGGCAACAGGAGAAAGCCUCCGACAAUCGUGAUUCAACGGUGGUCAAACAAUUCACUAACGCGGAUGGGUCGCAACCAAGCUUGCGGAGUCUGGUUGAGAGCGUCAAGCGCAAGAGCGCAGCAGUGAACACGCCGUCAGUGGGCAAGAGACGGAAGAUAUCAUGACCGUUCUAAUUGCCCUCAAAUACAUAAUGCAUACUCUUCA